AUGGAUGAGCUCAGUGACGAGGAGAAUGAGCUAGAAGAUAUGAAUUCACUUGUUCGCAACCGUGGUUUCGGUUUCUUAAUUCCCAUUGGGCGAACAGUCACGCAGCAAGAAGAGCGAAAUGAUGCGGACGACGAGUCCGAUGAAUCCAGUAGCGAGGAGGGGGGAGGCGCUGCAUCCGUGGGCGAAGACGACGGCGACAACGACUCCGGUCAAGAUCUUGAUGCUUCCAUGGAGGAUAUGGAUGGAGAUGAGGAGGAGGACACAGACGAAGACGAGAUGGCCGACGAUGAAGAUGAAUACGAAGAAGAGCCCUCAGACGUUUGA